AUGAAUUCAUCAUCAUCUCCCAUAUCGAUUGAUCUCAUCAUGGAGAUCUUGUCGAGUCUGCCUUCAAAGUCAGUAGCGAGGUUUCAUUGCGUGUCGAAGCUGUGGGCAUCAAUGUUGGCUAGUUCAUAUUUCAAGGAGUUGUUCCGGACCAAGUCCUUGGCUAAGCCACGCCUCUUAUUCGCCAUCGUAAAAAAAGAUAAGUGGCGCUUCUUCUCGUUGCCUCAGCUUCACAACCCAUACGAAAAGUCGUCGUCGACUCUUGUAGCAGCCGCCGAAUUUCAUGUGAAGUUCCCUCGAAAGAUCCUUCAUAAUAGUAACCGAUUAUAUUUUGCACAUGGCUACGCCUCUGGUUUGAUCUAUUUCAAAGGUGCUUCGGCCGACGAUAGACUUGUGAUAUGUAACCCCAACACAGGAGGGUAUGCAGUAUUUAUAGAAGAGAGAUAUGACUGA